AUGGCCAACCUCACGGGGACGGUAUCCAUCUUCCUCCUCCAGGGCUUCUCGGCUUCCCCUGAGUUACAGCUGCUCAGCGCGGCCUUCUUCCUUCUCGUUUACCUGGCUGCCCUUCUGGGGAACAUCUCCAUCGUGGCUGCCGUGACGCUCGACCCCCGCCUGCACACGCCCAUGUACUUCUUCCUCAAGCACCUCUCCCUGGUGGACAUCUGCUCCAUGUCCACCACCCUGCCCAGGGCCCUGGUGGCCACCCUGCUGGGCUCAGGGGAGAUUUCCCUCCUUGCCUGCGCAUCCCAGCUCUUUGCGUUUGUCAGCCUUGGAUCCACGGAGUGUUUCCUCAUCACCUCCAUGGCUUACGACCGGUGUCUGGCCAUCUACAGGCCCCUGGUGUAUGGCGUGGCCAUGCGCCCCCGCAUCUGCGUCUCCCUGGUGGCGGUGGCCUGGGGCAGCGGGCUGCUCUUCUCCACCUUCCACACAGCCAACACCUUCUCCCUGCCCUUCUGUGGCCCCCGCGUCAUUGACCACUUCUUCUGCGACAUCCCCCCGGUCAUGCGCCUCGCCUGUGCCCACGCGGAUGCCCAUGAGGCCUCCGGGUUCGCGGUCAGCGGCUGCGUCAUCAUGAGCUGCUUUGCGCUCACCGUGCUGUCCUACGUGCGCAUCUUGGCCACCGUGGUGCGGAUCCGCUCCGUGGGCGGCCGCCGGAAGGCCUUCUCCACGUGCUCGUCCCACCUGGCCACCGUGCUGCUGUUCUACGGCGCCGGCAGCUCUGCCUACAUGCAGCCCAGCGCCCGCUCCUCCCCGCUGCAGGGGCGCCUGGCCGCUGUCUUCUACUCCAUCCUCACACCCAGCCUGAACCCGCUCAUCUACAGCCUGAGGAACAAGGACAUGAUGGGGGCCCUGCGGAAGCUCUAUCUGCAGGUGCCGUCCUAG